AUGACGCAGCAAAAUGUCCGUCAGAUGCUGGAUGCUGCUGCACUGGAGUCAUACAUUCAUUCGAAGCUCGGCGCAUUCCAUGGUACUAUCGCGUCUAUCUAUCAAUUUCAGUACGGGCAGUCGAAUCCUACGUAUCUUUUGACGAUGGCCAGCUCAAAAGCCAAGUGGGUGUUGCGAAAGAAGCCACACGGUCAAAUCUUGCCUUCAGCGCAUGCAGUGGAACGUGAGUACCGCUUACUUAAGGCAUUAGAAUCCACAGAAGUACCCGUUCCACGCGGCAUAGUGCUAUGCGAGGAUCCAAAAAUUAUUGGCACCGUAUUCUAUCUGAUGGAAUACAUACAUGGCCGUAUUUUUCAGGAUCCAUCGCUGCCUGAUGUUAAUUCCAUGCAUCGCCACGCCAUGUAUAGCUCUGCAGUUGAUGUGCUGGUAAGAUUACAUGAUGUGGAUUACACUAAAAUAGGACUCGCAGAUUUUGGUCGACCUGAAAAAUACUGUCACCGUGUAGUGGCUCGCUGGAGUCGUCAGGUUCAAAAUGGAAUUACGACAUCAGCAGACGAAGAAGCAAAAGAAAAUGUCAAGAUGUCACAAUUGCAACAAUGGCUGGAAGAACGUGCGGAAGAUGCAGAAAAGGCCACAGAAGGUCGAGCAAGUCUUGUGCAUGGAGACUUUCGAAUCGAUAAUCUGAUUUUUCACGAAUCUGAGCCGCGAGUGUUGGCCAUAUUGGAUUGGGAAUUGUGCACAAUUGGCAAUCCGUUUGCAGACGUAGCCACACUUGCACUAGCGUACCGAUUUCCUAGGGACUCUUCAAAUACCAUCAUGAUUCCUGGAUUAUCCGAUCUACCGUUAACAAGACUGGGGAUUCCAAGCGAAAGUGAGCUUUUGCUUGGAUAUUGUCGACGUGCCAGACGAUAUCCACUCGCAGCUGAAACUUGGAACUUUUUUAUAGGAAUGAUCGUGUACCGAUUCGCUGCCAUCUGCCACGGAGUCUACACCCGUGCUCGACAAGGUAAUGCGUCGUCAUCUAAUGCUAAGUAUGCAAAGACAACAAUGGAUCGCUUACUGGAUAUGAGUGACCACAUAAUGAACACAUCGAUUGAUAUAUAUCCUGAGCCAAAAUUGAAGCAAAAGUUGCCUUUUCCAAUCCGGCCGCAUGCCCUGCAAUUAUACGAAAAAUUGGUAAGGUUCUGCCAAAGCCGUGUGUAUCCUGCUGAGAAUGUGCACAUCUGUCAACUCGCCAAGGCUCGUAAGGAAGGACGCGAAUGGAAUGUCGUACCUUCGAUUUUUGAAGAGCUAAAGAAAGAAGCUAAACUUCUAGGACUUUGGAACCUCUUUUUACCCGAGUGUGUGGUACCCGCACUUGACGGAACUGGACCAGAUGUUCAUUAUGGCGAAGACCUGAGUAAUCUUGAGUAUGGACUCAUGUGUGAGGUUAUGGGGCGCUCGAUUGUGCUGGCACCGGAAGUGUUUAAUUGCUCACCUCCUGAUACGGGCAACAUGGAGAUUCUUACGCGAUUUGGCACUGUGACGCAGAAGCAUAAGUGGCUCGUGCCUUUGCUACAAGGUGAAAUCCGCUCUUGUUUUGCGAUGACAGAGAAGCGCGUAGCGUCGUCGGAUGCUACGAACAUUGAAACAAGCAUCCAGCGAGAUGAAACGCAUGAGGAAUAUGUGAUCAAUGGUCGGAAAUUUUAUAUUUCAGGAGCUGGAGAUCCACGCUGCAAACUGAUAAUUGUCAUGGGAAAACAUAUUGAGCGAGCAAAUCUGAGCCCUUUUUCACAACAGUCGAUGAUCUUGGUGCCAAUGAACGAACUCGGCGUGCAUGUUGUGAAGCCUCUGCACGUGUUUGGUUAUGACGACGCACCUCACGGACACAUGGAAAUCCAAUUUACAAAUGUUCGUGUGCCAUUCAGUAACAUCUUGCUUGGCGAAGGUCGUGGAUUUGAGAUCGCACAGGCGCGUCUUGGACCUGGUCGUAUUCACCACUGUAUGCGUGUUAUUGGUGCUGCAGAGCGCUGUCUUGAAAUGAUGGUCCAGCGUGUAAAGACUCGGAUAGCUUUUAAGCAGCUUUUGGCUGAAAACUCGCUUGUGUGUUCACAGAUUGCUAAGUCCCGUUGUGAAUUGGACAGCGCACGUUUGUUGACUCUUCAGGCUGCGCAUGAAAUGGACAAAUAUGGCAACAAGGAUGCUCAGCAGGCUAUUGCAAUGGCCAAGAUUGUGGCACCGAACAUGGCGCUAACUUUGUGUGACCGAGCUAUUCAGAUUUAUGGUGCUGCUGGCUUAAGUCAGGAUUUCAUUCUGGCGUAUUUGUACGCGAUGUUGCGGACUCUUCGUAUUGCUGAUGGACCUGAUGAAGUGCAUAUGCGUACAAUUGCAAAACUAGAGUUAAGUCGCUCAAAAUUAUAG